CCUUUGGCCGCGGGUGCGCGUGGCUCUCCCGGCCAGGGAGCGAUUUGGUGCAGACUGCGCCCGCUGUAGUUAUUUGAGAGGCAGAGAGAGAGAACUCCGCUGGGUCACACCUCAAAUGCCUGCAACUUCUGGGGCUGUGCAGAGCCAAAGCUGGAAACUCAAUCCAAGUCUCCCACGUUGGCGGCAAGAACUCAACUACUUGAGCCAUUACCACCGCCUCCCAGGGUCUGCGUUGGUGGGAAGCUGGAGCCAGCAACCGGAGCUGGAAAUUGAAUCCAGCCAUGGAGUAUUUCAGAAUGUCACCAAGCAAUUCCUGGAUUUAUCCCACUGUGAUCCUCUGCUUAUUUGGAUUUUUCUCCACGAUGAGACCUUCAGAACCCUUCCUUAUCCCAUAUUUAUCUGGAACAAGUAAAAAUUUGACGAGCACAGAGAUCACAAAUGAGAUUCUUCCUGUUUGGACCUACUCUUACCUGGUGCUACUGCUCCCCGUGUUCGUCCUCACCGAUUACGUCCGCUAUAAGCCGGUCAUCAUCCUGCAAGGGAUCAGCUUCAUCAUUACCUGGUUGCUGCUCUUGUUUGGCCAAGGAGUGAAGGCCAUGCAGGUUGUUGAGUUCUUCUACGGGAUGGUCACGGCCACUGAGGUAGCUUACUAUGCCUACAUCUACAGCGUGGUCAGCCCAGAGCACUAUCAGAAAGUGAGCAGCUACUGUAGGAGCAUCACACUGGUGUCUUAUACAGCAGCCUCCUUGCUGGCCCAACUCCUAGUGUCCCUGGCCAACCUGUCGUACUUUCAUCUCAAUGUCAUAACCAUGGUCUCCGUCUCUGUGGCCUUCAUUUUCUCGCUUUUUCUACCAAUGCCCAAGAAAAGCAUGUUCUUUCAUGCAAAACCCAGCAAAGAGAUAAAGGAGUCACCAAGCAUGGACACAGUAUUAAAAGAAGCCUGUAAGGAUGAAGCACCAGGCUAUGAAGAGAAGAAACCCACUUUGGAAACACCCGUGACUUCAGGGAACCAGGAUGACGGCCACUUAGGCAGCCCCCAAACAGUGGCUUUGAAAGUUUUUGUGCAGUGGUUCCAAGAUUUGAAGGAAUGCUACUCCUCAAAACAUCUUUUUUACUGGUCCUUAUGGUGGGCCUUUUCCACAGCAGGUUUUAACCAGGUUUUGAACUAUGUUCAAAUCUUAUGGGAUUACAAGGCACCAUCACAAAAUUCUUUGAUCUAUAAUGGGGCAGUGGAAGCUAUUGCAACAUUUGGAGGGGCUGUGGCUGCCUUCGCUGUGGGUUAUAUAAGGGUCAACUGGGAUCUUCUGGGAGAGCUGGCUCUGGCGAUCUUCUCAGUUGUCAGUGCAGGCUCUCUGUUUGCCAUGCAUUACACAGUCAACAUCUGGGUCUGCUAUGCUGGCUACCUGAUCUUCAAGUCCAGCUACAUGCUUCUUAUAACCAUAGCAGUAUUUCAGAUUGCAGUUAAUCUCAGUGUGGAACGCUAUGCCCUGGUGUUCGGAAUCAACACCUUCAUAGCCUUGGUGAUUCAAACCAUUAUGACUGUGAUUGUGGUAGACCAGAGAGGGCUCCACCUGCCAAUCAGCAUUCAGUUUUUAGUGUAUGGGAGUUAUUUUGCCGUCAUUGCUGGAGUUUUCCUAAUGAGAAGUUUGUACAUUAUCUACUCAGCCACAUGUCAAAAUAAGGAAACGCAGAACCCUGCUACCAUUCAGAAUCCAGAUGAUCCAUCCCCAGUGGAGCCAAGUAACAACAUCAUCAUGUUAACAAAGUUCUAACUUCAGUGCAUCAACUGCUGCAGUGAUUUUCAAAUGAAAAUAGAGG